AGAUGUAUCAGCAAAAGGAGCUAAAUCCCUGCACUCAGCAUCUCUCCUGCUCCUGGAUUUCCUGCCAUCAGCUCUUUUACCCUGUAAAGGAUGUCAGAAAUAAGAUCCAGCACAUAGAGGGUGCACUGCAGUGGGAGCUGGAGAAGGACUGCCGUCUGGGAUAUUAGGGUUCCUGGCACUAGGAUCUGGUCCAUGGGAGACAUCAAGAUGCUGCUGGCCACUCACCUCCCCUACAGCCUCCUCUUCUUAGCCCAGACCAGCCUCACUCUCUCUAGGACUUUAGCUGCCUCUUGGCCUCACACAGACUGUAUCCAAGCCAAUGAGCAAUGCAUUAGUGACCAGUCCUGCAGCUCCAGACUCCGUACACUGCGGCAGUGUCUAGCAGGAAGGGACCGUGAUGUCCUCCUAUCCAGCCAGGAAUGCAAGACUGCUCUGGAGGUGCUUCAAGAGAGCGCCCUCUACAUGUGUCGCUGUCGAAGAGGCAUGAAGAAGGAGCUGCAAUGUCUACAAGUAUACUGGGGGAUACAUGCUGGCCUAACGGAUGGGGAUGAGUUUUAUGAGUCCUCUCCCUAUGAACCGGUUGCCUCCCGUUUAUCGGACAUCUUCCGUCUGGCAUCUAUCAACUCCGGCACCGAAGCGACUGCUAUUAAACAAAAUGCCUGCCUGGACGCAGCGAAGUUCUGCAACGUGAAUGACGCAUGUAAGAAAUUGCGCUCCACUUUCAUCUCAGUCUGCACCUCAGGAGGCGAGGAGUCCUGUCCUCGUCGCAAGUGCCAGAAGAGCCUGCGCACCUUCUUGGAGCGUAUUCCUUUAAAUCUGACCUACCCCCUCCUCUUCUGUCCCUGUGGGGACAAGCCGUGUGCAGAGAGGCGCCGCCAAACCAUAGUGCCCAGCUGCUCCUUUAAUCUUCCCGAGGUUCCUAACUGCUUGGAGGUGUGGUCCUCCUGUAGACAGGACCCAGUUUGCAGGUCUAGGUUGGCCGAUUUUGUUACGAACUGUCAGAGUUCCCCUCAGUCUGCGAGCGGCUGUGUCCGGGAUAACUAUGCAGCCUGUCUGGGGGCAUAUGCUGGGCUGAUCGGAUAUGAUGUGGCCCUGAACUUCCUGGACUCAGAACCCCAUUCCCUUUCCAUAGGACCCUGGUGCUCUUGCAGUAGCAGUGGUGCUCAGGAAUCUAUGUGUGAACUGUACUUGAAGGAGUUCACACAGAACCGCUGCCUACGAAAUGCAAUUUAUGCUUUUGGAAAUGGUACAGAUGUCGUCCACAAAGAGAGCGCCCCCCGACCUCCCCUCACUACCAUCGCUCCACGGACUGAGAAGAGGCACGUGCUCCCAGAUAACCAGAGUGACAGUAACACGUUGUAUGAGAUGAACCCCGACAUCUGUGACGCAGUCCAGGACAAGAAGAAUGACAGUUCACCCCACAAUCGGAUCUGUGUUUCUGAGUCACAGCUCAAUCCAAACCUUGCACCGGACUUAAGGAUAGAUGAACACAACGCCGGGAUAUCUCAGCACCAUGCCAGCAUGCUGUCCAUAGUCAUUGCUCUGUACCUGGCCACCCCGUUUUGAGACGCCCCCCCCCUGGCUCAACGAUGACAUGAACUGAAAACUUGUAAAUAAUAACUCAACCAAAUCUUCCGUAAAGGGGUACAAACCAGCAAACACGUGACGACCAGAUAAAGAAAAGUCGUGCUGGUCCGUUUAUUAGCCAAGAAAGAGACAGAAGAGAAAUAGGGUUGUAGGUAUGUAGCACAAUUAAAAGCUACCGUAAUACCCCCUAUAUAAGUAAAGCCUAUUAGUAUAAGGUGAGCUCCCAACAAACUACAAAACCGAAAAAAGCUACAAUGGAGUCACUUAAUUAUAAUAAAAACAAAGCUAAUGUUAUUGGUAUACAUUAAAA